UUGGUGUGUCCUCGUACGAAGUAGACCCAGAAUCAACAGUUUACUUUACUUCCCUGUUUAAGUAUCCACUUUUUAGAAAUUCAGAUGUUGACGAAUGGUUAUGUGAAAACUGAUCUGGGUCUACUGACUUGAAUGGUGCCACAUCUAUAAUCAAUACGAGUGCUCACGUAAAAUUCCUCUCAGCACUUAAGCAGACGAUUUCCGAUAUCCCAUGAAAAAAGUCUUUGUCAGCCCUGCCUCUGUUAUUGACUCAUCAAAUUGUGAAAGUUAAAUAGCCCAGUUAUUGGAUUUUGCAUAGUCUCUGUCGUCACUUCGUCAGAAAUGGAUGGCCAUGAGACAUCAGCAAUUUUAGGGAGGAAUUUUUACAGUCGUGCGGCAGAAUUUUCACAAUCGGUCGGCAUAAUAAGAGCUGAUAACGAUUCACACUGCAAUUACUAUAGACCCAAGAACUCAUCACAUUUAGUUAUCAUUCCUGGAGGAUAUGAAGGCAUUCCUCAGAACUUAACCAUUAACGUAAUUGCAUGGAUCUGCCUCAUAAUCCUGUUUUCAGUUCUAAGGAAGAAUGCCUGGAACUAUGGAAGAAUGGCAUUACUUCAGAGAAGGGAAAGGAGAGAAACUGCCCCGGGAUACAGUGAAUAUAACAUAUGGACACAAAUUUUCUAUCGAAGAGAAGACCGAGAUGGGGAUUCCGAAGGCCACAAAGCAGCCCCGUCCUUUGACCCGGGUUCCCAUUACGAUCACGGAAUGUUCUCUUGGAUCUUAGCCGUUUUUAGAAUAAAGGAUGAUCAGAUUCGUUCGAAAUGUGGAGAUGACGCCGUACAGUACCUCUCUUUCCAACGACACAUAAUUGUCAUGAUGUCAAUUACGAUGGUUGUGAGUUUGGCCAUUGCAUUACCUAUUAACAUGCAAGGUGACCUUAAAGGAGACGAAAAACAAUUUGGGCAUACUACGCUUAGCAACCUGGAUCCCAAAUCGUGGUAUCUUUGGAUUCAUGUUGGACUUUCGAUACUGUUUGUUCCUAUUGCCAUUUUUAUCAUGCGGCACUUUUCAAAGCGACUUGACAUCCCAGAAGUUGAUUCCACAGUAUCGAGGACUCUUAUGAUUAACCACAUCCCACGGUCGAGCUGUAAUAAAGCGGAUCUUUUAAAGCACUUCAAUGAGGCAUAUCCCGAAUAUGAAGUCAUUGACAUUCAGUUUGCGUACGACUUGUCCAAGCUUAUUAAAUUGGAUAGGGCAAGGCAAUUUGCGCUCCAUGCCAGAAAUUACAGUGUCAGUGAAGCCAUGAGCGGCAAUCGGAUGCUUGUCCGCCCAUUUCUUUGUGGCAACGUCUGCGUUUGUUGCGAUCCGUGUUGCCCGAAAUCAAAAAUCGACGCAGCUGAAUAUUACACUAGCGAGGAGAGGCAAUUGGCGUCACUCGUUGAUCAAGAAAAACUUAAAGCUAUCAAACGACCUGUCGGAAUAGCGUUCGUAACAUUUGCUUCUAACCUUCAAGCAGCGAAAGUCAGACAAGAUCACAGACCCAACUGGCGCUGUGGAUCCAAUCCUGGAAGUUCAAGUCUCAGUGUUAUGUUUAAGCCGCAUCGUUGGUCAGUUGAUUUCGCGCCGCGUCCGGAUGAAAUUAACUGGGGAAAUUUGGCGAUCCCUUCACGAUUUUGGUAUUUGAGGUCGUUCCUGAUCAACAGUUUCCUGUUUAUCGUGCUGUUUUUCUUAACAACUCCGGCUGUCGUUGUUAACACGCUAGACAUAUUCCAGUUUUCCACCAUUACGAGCACAAUCGAAAAAAUGAGCCCAGUUUUAUCUCAGUUUCUACCAACACUUCUUUUGUGGACAACUUCCGCCUUAAUGCCAGUUAUGGUUGCAUAUUCGGACGAAUGGAUGAGUCAUUGGACGAAAUCGACAGCCAAUCACACCAUUAUGAGAAAAACGUUCAUCUUUUUGAUGUUCAUGGUGGUCAUUUUACCAUCAUUAGGACUUACCAGUGCACAGGCUUUCUUUGAGUGGGCUACCAGAUCAAACGGGACUUACCGUUGGGAAUGCGUCUUCUUGCCCGAUAAUGGUGCCUUUUUUGUCAACUAUGUUAUCACUUCAAGUUUCAUCGGAACGGCUUUGGAGCUAAUGCGAUUCUCUGAGUUGUUUAUGUAUGCAUGCAAACUUUCCUGUGCAAAGUCAAGGGCUGAAGUGCCCGGUGUACGCCGCAAUUUGCUGUGGGAAUUUAAUUUCGGCGUCCAAUACGCAUGGACGCUGCUCAACUUUUCGUUGAUAACUAUGUACAGUGUUUCCUGUCCAUUGAUAACACCCUUCGGUUUCGUGUAUGUCCUGCUAAAACAUUUUGUGGAUCGCUACAACAUAUUUUUCGCCUACGCUCCUUCGCGAAUCAACAAGAACAUCCACACGACAGCCAUAAACUUCGUCAUGAUUGCGUUCCUCAUCUUGCAGUUGACACUUUUCUUCUUUUCACUGCUGCGUUACGGCCUGUUUGGUGUCACUAUAUUCGCCUUAGUCGGUUUCUGCGCCACUUUGUUCCUAGUGGUCGUUCAAGCCUCUUUUCGAUGGUUCCGUGGGCUAGCGCCCAUUUCAUACCGGGUGAGCCAACGUCGUGACACGGACGAGACGGAUUUGCACGAUUCCCAACUUCCUCCGACUGCCGAAGACUUAUUGCUUGCUGAAUCAAAUGCAACCUACCAUGCUGGUAAAUUUUCCGAGCCGAGAGGCAAUAGAAACAGCCCCGGCCGCCAACGUGUGGACUCUUUUUCCACCGUAAACAGCCAAGGGCAUCAAAAUAAUGUUUUUCUUCCUGAAGUGUUGACGGAGUCACAGUGCAACGGACCAGCUCACUUGAUGGAGACAAUCGCUACCACAUCUGUCUUGGAUUCAGGACGGCCUAACAAGAAUUCUAUUAAUGGAGAAAUGGUGACGGUUGAGCAACCUAUUCCGUGUCGUGACAGACCGGUUCCUCCAGAGCAGGUUUACUCGUAUCAGAAGUAUAACACUGAUCAAGAACACAUCUGAGAAUUCUACCGAUUUUUGCCUUAAUGAAAGCCUAAUCUACAUAGUUUACACCUACCAUUUUUCUUGGCGUUAUUUAACGGAUAUUACUUACCCUAUUUCCAUCUUGGUGUUUACUAUGAACUCUAAGUCAUCGUACUGUAUAUGUGAUCGAUCUGACUAAUAGUGGAUAGACCCGUGUCUCAGUUGUCCAAAUUAAGGUGUUGUCUUUUCAAACAACCUAAAAUGUAUCUUCUUAUUCGGGCAGUCCUAAUUCAGUUUUCUCUAUUCGCACUCGCGAUGCGGCCGACCAGUGCUUUUUUCUAGUUUCUAUAAUUCACAAAUUCAUCGUGUUGACUUUUCGCUAUCCAUUCUUUUGAUAUGGCUCUCUAUUCUCUUGAAUCGCGUAAAAAAAAGAAAACCCUUCUAUUAUUUCCUAAGUGGUGUGGAUCUUUUUAAUUGGUGGAAUGCUUCAUUCUACGAAAUGUCAUCGAAUCGCCUUCGAAUAUUUUAAUGCUAUAUACUUUUUACGUGCCCUAACUAAAUAUUAAACUUUGGCUUCAAGUCAAAAUGA